AUGGCGGCGCUGGCACGGGAGGAGCUCGCCGCGCUGGCCGCCAUCUACUGCGGCCCGGAGGAGUGCGAGGUGCUGGCGGUGUCAGAGACGCAUGGAAUUACAUUUAGAAUUCAAAUCACCGUGAAAGAACUGCUGGACACAGACAUACUUUUAAAGCUGUUAUUUCACUUACCAGUCAAUUAUCCAUCAAUUCUGCCAGAUAUUUCUGUUAACUCAGACCAGCUUACAAGGGCCCAAUGUAUGGAUGUGAAAGAUAAAUUACUUGAGCAAGCAAAGAAGCAUCUUUCUGAACCCAUGGUCCACGAGCUGGUUCUUUGGGUACAACAGCAUCUUAAAUGCAUCAUUAGGCAAUCAACAGCUGUUUGCAGUGAAAAAACUACUUUGUCAAGAGGAGCAGGCACAGAGGACGGUAUCUGGAUACUCUUCUUGCAUUUAGAUCACAUGAGAGCAAAGGCAAAAUACGUCAAAACUGUGGAAAAAUGGGCUUCAGAUCUAAGGCUGACUGGAAGACUGAUGUUCAUGGGCAAGAUAAUAUUGAUUCUUCUUGAGGGUGACAGGAGCAACAUUAAGGAAUACUUGAUUCUUCAGAAAACUUCUAAGGUAGAUGUGGAUUCAAGCAGAAAGAAAUGCAAAGAGAAAAUGAUUAGUGUGCUCUGUGAAACAAAGAUACAGCCACAGCAUGCAAGGUUUCAGACAUUUGAAGUCAAAGACUAUUCAACUAUAGAUGAGCUACAAAAGGAAUUUGAAGCUGCAGGACUUGCAACUCUUUUCUCUGAAUUUGUGCCUCCUCUCUUAAAAUAAAACACUAGACUUUUUGACCAAAGCAGCAGUUGUGUGGAUGCUGACAGAAGAUAAAAAGACUGAUUUGGCAAAUGACUCCAAAGCUUUUCUGGGGGAAAAAAAUAUAUAUAUAUCAGAAGUAACCAUCGUCCUGCAAUCAGCAAAAGGCAGUUUAUAUAUUAAAGAUGAUGAUGCUUUCACUUUGUGUAUUGAUAACCAUUUAAAAGGAAUGUGGAGUUAAUUGUGAUGCUUGCACACCAACGUGAAAGAUUUGGAGGAUGGAAAGGACCAGUCAAAGAGUUUCCAAGGAGGCCGUCCGGCUGCAUCUCCUGUGCUUCAGGAAGGGCAGUCUGGAUAGAUGGAAGAUGAAACACAGAACUCCUAGAUGGAAACCCUUGGAAUGAUCUCUUCAAAGUGUCUUGCAAAGCAUCUUUUCAUUUUAUGGAUAAGUUGUGGGGUUUUUGUUUG